AUGAAGCAUAUCAUCUGCGUUGGCGCAUGCUAUCUUGACACAAUCCUGACGGUCCCGAAAUUCCCCACCGAAGACUCCAAGCUACGCGCAACGAAACUAACCCGCCGGUUGGGUGGAAACUGCCCCAACACGCUCUCGGUCCUGGAACAAUUCAUCGAUGAGUCUAUAGAACUCCAUUUCCUAGCUGUGCUCCCUUCAGAACAUUCUGGCGCCACAAAAUUCAUCCGCGACUCUUACUCCAAGGUUCAGAUCGAUCCAUCAUGCAUAUAUCGGGUCGCGUAUGAUGAGUCUCCAUCGAGCUAUAUUUUCCAGAACGGGGAAACAAAUUCCAGAACCAUCGUUAAUUACAACGAGCUGCCAGAAAUGACGAAGGAGGAGUUUGUACAUCAAGCUCAUUUACUGUCAGUGUCAAAGGAAGCGGUGGAAGGGUGGUAUCACUUUGAGGGUCGGAUCCCAGACAUCAUCCUCCAUGGUAUCAAAUAUCUCCGCGCCUCGCUUCCCGGAUUUAAGAUCAGUGUCGAGGCUGAGAAACCAGGUCGCGAAGGACUUCAAGAGCUAGCAAGUGCUGCAGAUGCGGUCUUCUUUUCAAGAUCUUGGGCAGAGGGCCACAAUUACUCAUCGGCAAAGGAAUGUCUCACCGCCCAAGCUACUCUAACCCUACCGGACGCUCUACUGUGCUGCACUUGGGGCUCAGCGGGUGCGGUCGCACUACAAAAGUCAGGCGAUGGUACAGAGGUCUGGCAGAGCGUCAACGCCUGGACUAUGAAGACUCGGGAGGUAAGGGAUACGAUAGGUGCCGGCGACACGUUUAUCGCUGGGAUGCUCUUCGCUCUGAGCCAUCACGGUGAGAAUUGGAGCUUGAAGCAGAAACUCGAGUUUGCAAAUGAACUUGCGGGUCGGAAAGUGAUUCAAGAAGGUUUCGCUGACCUGGCUGGGCAGAUGGGACUUAACACUAAGCUGCCCUGGUAUACGCCCAAACUGGCGUGA